CUGGAGUCUUCUUUGAUGCUCUUCGUUCCGGCGUUCGUCAGUUAUCCAAUGGCCUCAGGCUUCUGAAUUCCAAAUUUGGUUGGUUAGUAGGGGGAUCAUUGAGCAACAUUGAUUCGUCCAAUCGGUACAUGCGUAGUUGUAACUCUUUGGAGUGUGGAGAUGUGUUCAAGGAAUGUAUCGAGCAAUUUUGGAAGGUUGAGGAGAUCACUCCGAUCUCAACAAUCAGUAGUAUUUCUCAAGAACUCGACCUGGACGAACUCUUCAAAAGACACUUAACCCCUGCUGAAGAUGAUCGCUACGUGGUUCGAAUUCCUCUACGGGGGGAGUUGACUCAGCUAGGAGACUCUCUUGAACAAGCACAACGACGACUAUUUUCCCUCGAACGGAGGUUAUCCUGGCAUGAGCCUACUUACGAUGAAUACCGGAAAUUCAUGCGUGAAUAUUUGGAAAUGGGACAUAUGACGCCAGUUCAGGCGAAUGAACUACAUAUGGUACGCUGCGUGAUACCGCAUUCGUGUGUGAUCAAAACUGAUUCAACUACCACCAAAUUGCGUGUAGUAUUUGAUGCGAGUGCAAAAUCCAGCAGUGGAGUUUCACUCAACGACAUCCAAGCCAUCGGACCAGUACUGCAACCUGACCUAAUGCAUAUUUGGUUGGAUUUUCGUACACAAACGGUAGUGGCCACUGCAGACAUCGCAAAGAUGUAUCGUCAGAUAUGGGUGGCAGAACCUGAUACCUGGAUGCAAUGUAUCCUAUGGCGUAAUGAUCCACAGCAAUCAGCGCAAAUGUAUCUACUUCGCACUGUCACAUACGGUGAAGCUUCGUCCUCAUAUCUCGCCUGUAGGGCACUUCACGAGGCCGGCCAGGAAGUACGCUCUACGUACCCAAAAAUUGCCGACGUAAUUCAAAAAUCAUUCUACGUAGAUAACCUACCUAUCUUUAAGAACUACGUGAUCUUCGAACCGGCGUCGAAAGGGCACUCCUGAACAGAGGAAUGCCCUUACGAAAAUGGGCAUCCAAUGUUCCUGACGUGAUCGAUGACAUACCCGUAGAACAUCGAGAGUCUACGGCUCAGAUUGGCGAUAAGCAGGCCAUAAAAAUGUUAGGUUUGGCUUGGUGUCCCUCAGAGGAUACUUUUCAACUGAUCAUUGAUGACUCCUUCUUUGCACCAAUUAAGACCAUGAGUAAACGACAUUUGGUAUCCAGAAUUGCAAAACUAUAUGAUCCCAUCGGAAUGCUUCAGCCAGUGAUUAUCAGAGCAAAGAUCAUGAUGCAGAAUCUGUGGCGCGAUGGCAUAGAAUGGGAC